UAGCAAAGAAGAAGGUAUGUUUAGGAGAGCUAGGGUUCAACAAGGGUGGUGGUGCCAUCAAUUGGUUCCCUGGCCACAUGGCCGCCGCCACCAGGGCCAUCCGCCAACGCCUCAAGCUCUCCGACCUCGUCAUCGAAGUUCGAGAUUCGCGCAUACCUUUGUCGUCAGUGAAUGAAGACUUGCAACCCAUCAUUUCCCAGAAAAGGAGGGUUAUUGCCCUCAACAAGAAAGAUUUGGCCAACUCUAACCUCAUUCAUAGAUGGGUUCAACACUUCAAUUCGUGUGAACAAGAGUGCCUUCCCAUUACUGCACAUAGUAGAAGUUCAGUACAAAAGCUGUUGGAGCUUGUGGAGUUCAAAUUGAAGGAGGUGAUUUCUAGAGAACCUACCCUCCUUGUCAUGGUAGUUGGGGUUCCCAAUGUUGGUAAAUCAGCUUUGAUCAAUUCCAUCCAUCAGAUCGCAUCAUCUCGUUUUCCAGAAAUGAUGAUUUUGAAAAAGAAAAAGAGAGCCACUGUGGGUCCAUUGCCUGGUGUGACCCAAGAUAUUGCUGGAUACAAGAUUGCGCAUCAACCUAGCAUUUAUGUUUUGGACACUCCAGGAGUGUUGGUACCAAGUAUUCCGGAUAUUGAGACUGGGUUGAAACUAGCACUAACAGGGUCUGUAAAAGAUUCUGUGGUUGGCGAAGAGCGAAUUGCUCAAUACUUAUUGGCAGUUUUGAACACUAGAGGCACUCCUCUUCACUGGAAUCACCUAAUGAACUGGGAUUCUAAUGUUCUUCAUCGUGAUACUCGCGACAAACCCGAAUACAAUCUGAAGGAGCAUCUUCUAAGGAGUAGGAAUCCUGUAUUAGAUAAAUCUGAUCUGCACUACAUUGAGGAUAUGGUUAGUGCAGUUAAACGGGCGCUUUAUGUCACUCUCUCCGAGUUUGAUGGUGAUUUAGAAGAGGAGAACGAGUUAGAGAUUCUAAUAGAUAAACAAUUCGAAGCUUUGCAGAAGGCAUUUAGAAUAUCCAACAAGGCAUCAGAAGCUCGUUUAAUGAUAUGCAAGAAAUUUAUUACUUUGUUUAGGACAGGCAAACUAGGUACCUUCAUUCUUGACGACUUGCCUCUUUCCCCACGCUCUGUUCCAUGAAAUGUAUUUCAAUAGCGUUUCCCCUAAUGUUUCAGUAGCGUGGGAGUGUAUUUUUAUGUUAUUAAAGUCGUCAAGAACUAAUUUAACUGAGGUAUUAUUAAACAAAGAUAAAAGAUUGUUGGUAUAUAAUGCAUUAAUGCUCUAUUGGGAAAUGGCCCAGUUCUUCCUGCAAUAUUUUAUUAUAAGGUACUAUUCGUUUCAAG